CAAUAUGCCCGAUCUUUUUCUUAUUAAUUAAAAUGGAUGAAAUCCAGAUUCAAGAGCCUCGCUAUUUAUUGCCAAGCUGACAACACUCCUCUGACUGUCAAUCUGUUAUUCACCGGUCUUAGCGUCACCUUCCUAGCCUCAGCUCCGACAGAAGGCGGAGAAGACAGACAGAGACGUCCAUAUAGGAAUAGUCUUCAUUAUUUGGUACAAAUGAGACAGCAGGGCCAGUAUGGUGAUCCAUCGUCCAAUGCUUAUGUUGCUGCUCAGAUGCAUCACAUGGCCGAUCAGAGGAUGGAAACCAAGCCUAAUAAUUUUGAAGAACAGCUCGAGGCCUUCACUCCUGAGAGAGAGAAUCAAUAUGCAAAUUCCAAGCCAGAGGUGCAGCGAAGAUGGGAAGUGGAUGGAUCAAAUGCGUUGAAUUCAGUGGCUUCUUGUCAAGGGGGUGAUGCUUCAAGAUCAUUUUUUCAGGAUCAGAGGCUUGAUCAUAAGAUGGCUCUGCAGAAUCAGAGCAAAAACCCCAGAUCUGUGGUCCAUAAAGAAGACACAGAUGUUAUAUAUGAGGCAAAUAAUUUAUCACAUACUUAUGAAGGUCUUGAGCAGAAGUUUCUGGAUGACAUUCUAAAACUAUCCAAAGAACAGAGUGAUGCUGAAGAUGUAGAAAAUGCCAGGCACCGAGAGAAACUAAAUGCUAUCAAUGCUCAGUAUGAAGAAAAAUUGGCGGCACUUCGAGCUCAGCAUGCUAGCAGAAGAAAUGAGUUUCUUCAAAGAGAAUCCAAAGCAAGACAACACCAGUACCAGCAAACCAUAAGAGAUCCUCACCCCAGCGGUGGCAUGCCUCCUGGUGAUCCUCGUGGUUACAGCUCUGCCAUUGCUUCCACAGCCAUUGGAGAAAUGCAAAUGCAACGAGGCUAUACAGCUGAUCCCUUUGAUCGAUAUGGGGAGCGUAAUCGAUUUCUUGGAGGAGGUGCAAGAGUUCAAGAAUUCGAGCCCAGAGGAUCGUAUCCUGGUGGCCGUGUUUAUGACACUGGAUCUCGCCACUACAGUUGAAUUGCUUGGGGAAUUAAGGUGCUAACAAAGCUUGACAAAAGAAAACAAGCAAGGAGCAGUUCAAGAGUCCCUAUGCUCGGACAACAUUACAUGAAGUUUGUAAGAAAGAAAAGAACUCUGGCAUUCUACAAGUCACAUUUGGAAGAAUAAGCGUAUCCUGCGGAGUUAUUCCUUGAAACAGAUGAUGUAUGUGUUUUUUACUUUACAUUCAUCUGUGUCAAAGAAUAUUAGAAUAAGUAGGUAAGUUUUUAAAUACGUGAAUAGGCACAAAAUUUAAAUACGUUGAAUGCUUUUUAUAAGAUAAUAUGUGUUCCGUACUAUUAACAAUGACAAUCAUUUUCAUCCACAA